AACCGGUAGUACAAACAGCUGACGGAAAUAAUAAGAUGUUAUUGUUUCGGAUGAUGGUACAUAAUCAUAACCACCACAGCUUGUUAAUGUGUGAGCGGUGUGCUGGUGAGGAGUGAUGGAGCUGUCUCAGAGGGACAGGCUGUCGGAGCUGGUGGAGGAGCUGACCACAUCAGGACAGCCCCAGCUCCACCAGGACAGGAUGAAGGAGGUCAAGAAGAUCUGCAGAGUGUCUAACGACUACAUCGAGCACGUGUACCACUCGCUGAUGUCUCAGCUCAAGCAGGAACACGCUGAGGUCCGCCUGUCGGCCUUCCAGAUCGCCUCUGAGCUCUUCUCCAGGUCUCACCACUUCCGAACGCUGCUGGUGGACAACUUCCAGGAGCUCUUGGAGCUGACCGUAGAGACGGACUCGGAGCAGCCCCUACCCCCGCCGAAGGAAGUAGCCAGGAAGCUGAGGUCACUGGCCAUCCAGACUAUCCAGUCAUGGCAGGCCUCAUAUGGCUCAGCCUAUAAGAAGUUAGCGUUGGGCUACCACUUCCUCAAACAGGUUAAAAAGGUGGACUUCCAGGAUGUUGAGGCCAGGACAGUAGCAGAGAGGAGGCGGGAGGAGGAGAGACAGAGGAAGAUGGAGAGGAUCUACAAGGAGAGAGUGGAGGCAGCCUCCAAAGACAUGGAGGAGUCGUGCCAGGAAAUAGAGGCGACAUUGACAGAGAUGGAAUCGUGCAUGAGCCUCCUACUUCCUGGGUUUGACCUUACAGACAUCCAGACAACCAAUCGCAGCCCUCCCAGCUCCCGAGCAGCCAGUGCAUGUCCAUCAGCUGAUGAGCAGCCCUGCUGCAGCAGAGACCUGUCAGAGGACAGGAGAGGAGGGAUGAUACAAGAGGAGGAGGAGACAAAGGAGAGGCAGCAUGAAGAGAGCAGGGAAGGGACGGAGAGAAAAGAGGUAGAAGAUCGUGAAGGAGAGGAGGAGGGCAGUAGUGAAGAAGAAGAGGGGCGGCCUCCUGAUGACAGUGUGUUUAUCCGACACUCCGGGCUAGUCUCCCACUCUUACAGUCUGGACCUGGACCUCCGUCCUGGUGUUCAUCUUAAGGAGACAGAAGAUAAUGAGGCAGUGGUUUCCACGAUGAUUGACCUCCAUCGACUGAUAAUAACCAAACACCUGCCAGCUGUGCAGGGCUGGGUGCAGGUCUUCACCAGGUCAGGUGCGGAGCAGCAGCUGUUAAGGAGAGCGCUGGAUCUGAAGAGGUGUUUAGAAGCUGCGCUGCAGAAACACAAAGAGCUCCACAUUGAUUACAAGACCCGGGUCCGCAGAGUGAUAAAGGCUUCUGCAGCCGGAGAGGAAGACGAUGAUGAUGAGGAUGAUGAUGAUUUCGAUGAAGUUCCAGAGAAAGAAGGAUAUGAGCCACACAUUCCAGAGCAUCUACGAGCCGAGUAUGGUCUCGAUCCAUCUCCGUCCACCUCCACAGCUCCGCCUCCUGCUACAAGACCUGGAGCUGCACCUCUUGCAUCCACCUCCACCCCCUCUUCCUCCAGGCGGCUGAAGCAACUGAUGGAUGAGGAGCAGGACCCAACAUGUGCGGCAGCCACGUUGCGCCACCUCAAACAGAGCCUGCCUCCUCCCGCUGAGUCCAGUAGCACCUCUCGGUCCGGCUCAGACCAGAAGGCUGCUGGCGCCCCGGUGGUUCCUUUUGGCCUGGACUUGUACUACUGGGGCCAAGAGCAGCCCAACGCUGGCAAGAUCCUCAAGUCGGCCUCUCAGCAUCAGUUCUGGGUUCCCAUUGAUGUGGACGAGGAGCGGGAGAACAAGGAGCUGCAGGCAGAGAGCCGGAGCAGAUACAUCUCCUUCCCCGGGAGCUUCACUCCGGUCAGCCAUCACUGCAGAGCUCCGCUUGGCGGGGGAAAGCUUUGCCAGAGACAGGACCGCCUCAAGUGUCCCUUCCAUGGGCUCAUCGUUCCUCGAGACCAGGAGGGCCGACCCUGCAGGCAGGAGGAUCGACUGAGGGAGGAGCAGGAGGAGAGGAGGAGGAGGGAGGAGCAGCCUGACUGGCGAGAUGCACAGCUGAUGCGAGAAAUCGAGGCGGCGACAGGAGAAGACCUGGGUUCUGACCGGGUGGGGAAAAAAGGGAAAGGAAAGAAGAAGAAGAAGAAAUACCCCAAUCUGAGCGACCUGAAGCAGAGCGCCAACACCUCCCGCUCCAGGCUGGAGAAAAAAGUCUUCAACAAGAGCGCCAUGCGCAGGGUAGCGGAGGUCCAGAGCAAAGCUGACAGGAGAAAACACGACAAGUUCUCCAACCAGUUCAACUACGCCCUCAACUGAGCCACACACACACACACACUGAACUGGUUUUUACUGAUGUACACCUGCAGUCUAUCAAUCUGGUUAAAGUAAUAUUUCAAACAUUGUCUGUUUGAACAGAAUGAUUUCACUGCUGUCUGAUAAGGUAUUGAGGAGAAGUACAUGUACAAUUUCUGAUACACUUAAAAUAUUAUAAUGGUAAUUCUAUUGCUCUCAUUUAUCGGCAAAAUUGUCCUCAUUUUGCCUAACUGAUGAAUUUUACAUUUUGUGUAACUUAAUAUAAUUUGUACUUUUGUUUUUGUAUGUUUUUUUUAAUUUGUGGUUGAUGUGUUAUACAUGAACAUGUUCAGGUUUGAACUGUG